AAAGAGGCGACGAAUAGGUUUUAAUUAGCACGAUACUUACCUGGACAUGACACUUACCUGGGAAUGCAACGGUACAUCGAUAAGGUAUUCUUCACAUCGAUAAUAACGAUUCUGCAAGAGAUCCAGUGACACCGAUAUGAAGAUCAUCAACUCUGUCUCGGGUUACACGCAAAGCUCUUUUAUUUCAGAAGAAUGUUGAAAUCCAAAACAAGAGGUUCGUAUCUUUGCUUGACUACUGACUACGAGCAAACUCUCCAGACUGGAGUCCGUUUCGCCUCGCUUCACCUGGCAGGUGCGCAGUUCGUCCUGACAGCGCUCAGUCACCGGUCGUCAGGUGUCUAGGCUUACCUGCCAAGGAGAACGUUGCCGUGAGUCACGCAAAGAGGACAUCGGCGGUUGGAUGGAGGGAGGGGAAGAGAACGACGCACAACUGUGACGACUCAGUGCUGCGGAGGGUCCCACGACAGACACCACAAAGAUGUGCGCCGCACGAGGGCAGUAACAAGAACACGAGAUGGCGCCACAGUUUUGUCAGAAAAGGGUUUUUCUGCUUCAGAGGUCUUCCUAACCCGUCGGUGUGUCGCAGAGAAUAAUGGACUUUAUCUUUUGUGGAAGUAACUCGCGCUUCAGAUUUCAGGCCUGAAGGUGGUUAAUCAUUGACCUGCAGCCCGAGACCCUUUGCAGGAAUGGGAUACAGAAACGGGAGAAGGGAGGUCAUUCCGAAGUGCCUGGGCACUUUUGGUGACACAGUGCUCCUACUUCUCGUCCUUUCGGAGUGCCUGGUGCCCCGCGGGGCUGAGGCUGCCUCUCCCGCAAGAAAACUCCUCAUCGGUUAUCUUCCCAUCGACAAGACGCACGAUGUCAACGUCCUGGUGGAGCGACAAUAUCGCGUCAUUUCCGGUGCCCUCACCUACGCCAUCGAGACCAUCAAGCAUGACAAAGUGCUGCCCACCGGAUACAGCCUCGACUUCGUGUGGAAUGACACCCACGGCACGAUUUCUGGAGGGCUCAGCGCCCUCACGGAUCAGUGGCGACAGGGAGUGGAUGUAUUUCUGGGACCGGAGGAGACUUGCAACUACGAAGGUCGGGUGGCAGCAGCCUGGAACCUCCCGAUGUUGUCUUUCAAAUGCGCUGACGACGAAGCAAGCGACAAGGACAACUUCCCCACGUUCGCACGCACGCGCCCCCCGGCUGCCCAGGUGACCACCUCCAUCCUGUCCCUGCUGCUGCACUUCAACUGGACUCGCUAUUCGCUCAUCGCAGGAUCCUCUCAUCCUCAGCAGAGCGAAGAAAAGUUGCUGCAGCUGUCCGAGGAGUACAACCUCACCGUCAACCACGUGAUAGACUUCAAAGAACCGCACACCACCUUGAUAGCGGGCAACCCGUUUCCACGCAUCGUGCAGGAGACAUACCUUACCACGCGAGUGUAUGUGUUCCUGGGUCAGACCAACGCAAUGAUAGACAUGAUGACCAACCUGAACGACCGCAGUCUGCUGCACACUGGCGACUACAUCCUUAUUUUCAUCGACCAUCGCUCACGGACCGUGCACAACGACCCCCUGAGAUAUUUUAAACGUUCCUUCGAUAAGAAUGAAGAAUUGAUGUUUCCCAAUGGCGAGCGGGCACUUCUGGUGAUCACACCCACAGCUGUGGCCAACUCCGACAAGACCAGCUUCUUCCAUGAAAAAGUUCUCUACUACAAUGCGCAGCCGCCUUUUCAGUUCCCUAACCCCUUCAACAAAACGAAACUGGUGACAGACUAUGCUGCUUACUUGUUUGAUGCUGUGUACCUGUAUGCAACGCGGUGUCGGCGGUUAUAAGGAGUUCUGGACAUCCGCGUAACGGCACCGCCAUCAUCAAUGAGAUUCGAGGAAAGGCCUACAAGAGUGUUCUGGGCUACGAUACAAGGCUAGACGACAACGGCAAUGCAGAGGGCAACUUCACGCUGCUCGCCUUCAAGAGUCUGUCUCAACAGUCCUACUCCUACUCCAUGGUGCCAGUGGCUGAUUUUGCGAUGACAUCAUCGGG